CUUGUUUUCAGAAUCCCUUUCCUUCUGGCUCUCAUUUCCAUUGACGCCUGGGAUCUAAGAGACCCAAACCCCGAGUCACUGAGUGGCAUUGAGCCCGAGUCUGAGAGGGCCGUCGUCGCCGUCGCCGUCGCCGCCACUUAGGGCAUUAUUCAAACGAGGAAGACGACCAUGGUGGAUCCGGCGAAUACGCCACUUGGCAAAAUGCUAUUGGAGGAGAUCACUCCGGUCGUCAUGGUGCUCCGCACGCCUCUCGUCGAAGAAGCUUGCCAGAAGAACGGCCUCACCUUCGUCCAAAUGCUCAGGCCCUUCUGCGUCUUCAACAACUUCGACGUGCCUGUGCGGACGGCGAGUGAUCAACCUUACAGGCUUCAGAAGUUCAGAUUACGCUUGUUUUAUGACUCUGACGUCCGGCAACCGAAUUUGGAGGUAUCAAAAGAACGGCUGAAACAAGUCAUAACCCAGGCUGGGGAGAAAGAUCUUUCGGAGUUGUGCUCGGAACUGCCUCAAAUUAAUAAUGCACUGUCCAGACCAGAAUCUGAAGCUCUACCAUCAUGGUUUCAGUUUUUCAACAAAGAGCUUGUACAUACAGUCUCUUUUUCUGACCAUGAAGCUUUUGAUCAUCCUUUGGCAUGUCUUAUUGUGGUUUCUUCAAAAGAUGAUCAGCCCAUCAACAGAUUUCUCAACCUCUUUAACUCGAACAAGUUGCCGUCCCUGCUUAACAGUGGGGCAAUGGACCCAAAUAUUUUGAAGCAUUAUUUACUGGUGCAUGAUAAUCAAGAUGGUUCUUCAGAGAAGGCAACUAAACUAUUAACUGAAAUGAGGAGCACCUUUGGCUCUGAUUGUCAAUUACUAUGCAUCAAUUCUUCUCAAGAUGGUGCAGUUGAACAUCAAGAUAAUCCUUGGGUGCUUUAUAGUUCUGAAGACUUACCUAGUCAACCUCUUCGUUGCUUCCUUAACGUUGAUGAUUUUAAUGAGAUAAAAGAUCUCAUGCAAGAUUUUUCAUCUAAGCACAUCAUCCCUUACAUGGAGCAAAAAAUACGUGUGCUGAAUCAGCAGGUGUCUGCAACAAGAAAGGGUUUCCGGAACCAAAUAAAAAAUUUGUGGUGGAGAAAAGGGAAAGACGAGGUGGUGGAUUCACCCAGUGGCCCUACGUAUACCUUUAGCUCCAUUGAAUCUCAGAUUAGAGUUCUGGGUGAUUACGCCUUCAUGCUACGUGAUUAUGAACUUGCAUUAUCGAACUAUCGCCUAAUAUCAACAGAUUAUAAGCUUGAUAAAGCCUGGAAACGCUUUGCUGGUGCACAGGAAAUGAUGGGGCUUGCAUAUUUCAUGUUGGACCACUCAAGAAAGGAGGCAGAGAGUUGCAUGGAUACUGCAUUUACUUACUAUCUAAAAUAUGCAUUAUCUAGUCAGCAGAAUGCAACACGAUGUGGUCUUUGGUGGGUAGAGAUGUUGAAGGCAAGAUAUCAGUAUAGAGAGGCUGCAACUGUUUACUUUCGUGUUGGUGCUGAGGAGCCUCUACAUUCUGCUGUAAUGCUUGAGCAAGCAUCCUAUUGCUACUUAUUGUCCAAACCACCUAUGUUACACAAAUAUGGGUUUCAUCUUGUUCUUUCUGGUGAUCGUUACAAAAAAUGUGAUCAGAUCAAACAUGCAAUUCGCACAUAUAGAAGUGCCAUGUCUGUAUAUAAAGGAACUACAUGGAGCCAUAUAACAGACCAUAUCCAUUUCCAUCUUGGACAGUGGUAUGCUCUUCUGGGGUUAUAUGAUUUGGCUGUCUCACAUAUGUUGGAGGUUCUGGCGUGUAGGCAUCAGUCCAAGACAAUGCAGGAGUUAUUCCUGAAGGACUUCCUUGAAAUUGUUCAGAAAACAGGAAAAACAUUUGAGGUUUCAAGGCUUCAGUUGCCUGAGAUCAAUAUUCCAUCUCUUCGGGUCUUCUUUGAAGAUCAUCGAACCUAUGCAUCAUCUGCAGCUGCUUCUGUUAAAGAAAGAUUAUGGCGUUCUUUAGAGGAGGAAAUGGUUCCAUCUACGUCAACUGGCAGAACUAAUUGGCUGGAGUUACAAUCAAAGCUUAUCCCAAAGAAGUUUAAAGAAUCAAAUGUCUGUGUUGCAGGAGAAGCAGUCAAGAUUGAUAUUGAGUUUAAGAACCCUCUGCAAAUUCCUCUCCUCCUAUCCAGUGUUUUCUUAAUAUGUGAGCUUUUUGCCAACUCUGAUGAAAUGAAAUCUGAUGAAAAUAAUUCAUUGGUGGGGGUCCAAAAUAAUGAUGAAUCUACCAAAUUAAACCACAGGGAUGUGGACUCUGAGACAUUGUUUUCUUUGUCUGAUGUGGACGUUUCAAUGGGAGGAGGUGAAACAACUCUGGUGCAACUAACAGUUACUCCCAGAGUAGAAGGUGUUUUACAAAUUGUUGGCGUAAAGUGGAAAUUAUCAGGUUUUGUUGUUGGUUUCCAUAACUUUGACACUAGUCCUGUGAAGAUAAUCGGAAAGCGGAGACAGAAGGCCAAUCAUCCUCAAAUUAUUAAUUUAAAGUUUGCAGUGGUUAAGAGUGUACCCAAGCUUGAAGGUGUCAUUCAUUCACUACCUGAAAGGGCGUAUGCAGGGGAUGUACGGCACCUUGUGUUGGAGUUGAAGAACCAAUCCGAAUUUGCUGUUAAGAAUCUGAAAAUGAAGAUUAGUCAUCCUAGAUUCCUAAAUGUUGGGCAACGAGAAAGUUUGAACUCAGAGUUUCCUGCUUGCUUAGAAAAGAAAACAUCUCAGCAUUCUGAUAUACGUUCCGACUCUGACGCGUCUCAUUCUGUGUUUCUAUUUCCAGAGGAUACUACAAUUCAAGGGGAAAAACCAUUGCUGUGGCCUCUUUGGUUUCGGGCAGCACUACCUGGGAACAUCUCGUUGGACAUAUCUAUAUAUUAUGAGAUGGGAGAUGUGUCAAGUGGAAUUAAAUAUCGCACUUUACGCAUGCAUUACAAUCUACAGGUAUUGCCAUCGUUGGAUGUGUCAUUCCAAAUCAGUCCUUGUCCAUCAAGAUUGCGUGAGUUCCUUGUGCGCAUGGAUGUUGUCAACAAGACCAGCUCAGAGAGUUUCCAAGUUCAUCAGUUAUCAUCUGUUGGUCAGAAAUGGGAGGUCUCAUUACUUCAACCUGUCGAUGCCAUCUUUCCUUCACAAUCUUUAAUGGCUCAUCAAGCAUUAUCAUGCUUCUUCAUGCUUAAGAGUCGUAGCAAGCCAUCAACUUCUGAAGAUGAGACAUCCUCUUGUUCCCCGCUUCUGGGAAGUGAUGUGACAUUGGGUACUGAGGGCAGCUGUGGACCACUCUUCGAUAUAGCUAGCUCGCCACUGGCGGAUUUCCACCAUUGUGAAAGACUGCAGCAGGAAAUUUCACAUAAGGGAGACGUGAAUACAGUUGACUUCAUAUUGAUCUCUCGGCCUCUGAAGAAUGAUACUCACCCUGUGGUUUCUGAUCCACCACAUCUUUUUUCUCAUCAUGCAUGUCACUGCAGUAUCGAGAGCAGAAGUCCCAUAUCUUGGCUGGUGGAUGGACCUCGAACCUUGUAUCAUAACUUCUCAGCUUCUUUUUGUGAAAUAAAUUUUCACAUGACUAUAUACAACUCAUCAGAUGUCAUUGCAUCUGUAUGCAUUAAAACCUACGACUCCAACAGUGAUAAUUUGAGUGAUGCAAUUCCAGUUCAACCUGCCACGUCUUCUAGCAACCAAGAUGGAUGGCAUGAUCUCCCACUAGUUAAUGAAAUUAGAGUGACUUCUGAUGUCGUUGGAGCUCGGACUGGGAAGUCAUUGUCAGUGGAAAGUGUUACCCCAUUUAUUUGGUCUGGGUCAAGCUCUACUAAAGUCGAACUGGAGCCUAAGUCAAGAACUGAGAUUCCCCUUCAAGUUUGUGUAUUCUCUCCCGGUACAUUUGAUUUGUCAAAUUAUGUUUUGCAUUGGAAACUUUUGCUUUCUAAUGGUGAUGGUCUACAGUCUUCUGGGGCAUGCCAGGGAUAUCCCUAUUAUCUUACCGUGCUCCAGUCUGCCUAGAGUUUUCUUUCAUUUGCUCUUCAUUCUCCCCUCUCAAAUUAAAGGUACUGUUGAUGUAUCACGGCUUUGUAUUUUUGGCCUGUAAAUCAUUAUAUUUGCAAUGUAAGGCUUAGUGUAGUUAGAGUAGUGGUUAGAAUAGUAAAUGAUAUUGUUUUUGUUCAUUAUAAUAAUAGAAAUGAAUGCUAAUCGUUCUCCGCCAAUUGGAUACACGAAUGUUACAUUUUGAAUAGAUAUACAUACUUUGGCGUAAAUAUACAUCGAUGUUUUCAGUUAUGCAA